AUGCUAUGUUGCUGGCGGAACUUCAAGGGAUUGGUGCAUUAUGAAGUGCUGAAGCCUGGCCAAACCGUCGAUGCUGAUCUUUAUUCGAAGCAAUUAAUGAGAGUUAACGAGUCUUUGAAGAAAUUGGGGCUCAAACCGGAGAGAAAUGGGAUCCGGGAUUUGCGCAGAAGAUGGGAAGAAGUCAUAGAUACUAAUGGAGAAUACCUUUCGAAU